AAAAACACACACAAAACUUUCCAGAAAAAAAAAAAAAAAGUCAUUUUGGUUGUUCAAGUGUAUGCAUCGGUAAAUCCGACAAGAAGUCCGAUUUUGUUCCAUAGCUUGUUGUGUUGUUUAGUGGGUGAACCAACUGAAGAGAGAAACCGUAAGGCUUUGUUGAUGAUGAUGGAUCAUGUGGUGGAAACCGUGGAGAUGAACAACAACUCCGCUCCGAGCAGGUUGGUGGAAGAAAGACUUGAUGAGAUUCGUAGAGUAAUGGGAAAAGCCGAUGACGAUCCGUUAAGGAUCGUAGGUGUAGGAGCUGGUGCUUGGGGCAGUGUUUUCAUUGCAAUGUUGCAGGAAUCAUACGGCAAAUUUAGGGAAAAAGCUAGUGUGAGGAUCUGGAGAAGAGGAGGCAGAGCAAUCGAUAAAAGCACAGCUGAGCAUUUGUUCGAAGUGAUCAAUUCGAGGGAAGAGUUGUUGAGGAGGUUGAUCAGACGGUGUGCUUAUCUCAAGUAUGUGGAAGCUAGAUUAGGGGAUAGGGUUUUAUACGCUGAUGAGAUUUUGAAAGAUGGGUUUUGUUUGAAUAUGGUUGAGACUCCUUUGUGUCCUUUGAAAGUUGUGACUAAUCUGCAAGAAGCUGUUUGGGAUGCUGAUAUUGUCAUCAAUGGUUUACCAUCAACUGAGACGUUUCAGGUGUUUAAUGAGAUUAGUAAGUACUGGCAAGAGAGGGUUACUGCUCCUGUUAUUAUCUCUUUGGCUAAAGGUGUUGAAGCUGAGUUUGAACCUCACCCGAGGAUUGUUACUCCUACUCAAAUGAUCUAUCGAGCCACUGGUAUUCCUCUUGAGAACAUUCUCUACCUUGGUGGACCUAAUAUUGCUUCUGAGGUAUAUAACAAAGAGUAUGCCAAUGCGCGGAUUUGCGGGUCUGAAUUAUGGAGGAAGCCUUUGGGAAAGUUUCUAAGGCAGUCACAUUUCAUAGUGUGGGAUAAUAGUGACCUCAUUACGCAUGAAGUAAUGGGUGGCUUGAAGAAUGUGUAUGCCAUUGGUGCAGGAAUGGUGGCUACACUGACUAAGGAAAGUGCUACCAGCAAGUCAGUAUACUUUGCGCAUUGUACUUCAGAGAUGAUUUUUAUUACACAUCUAUUGGCCAAGGAGCCAGAGAAACUUGCUGGGCCUUUGCUGGCGGAUACCUAUGUAACAUUACUAAAAGGUCGUAAUGCCUGGUAUGGCCAGAAGCUUGCAAAAGGAGAACUUAGCCUUGAAAUGGGUGACAGCAUCAAAGGCAAGGGGAUGAUUCAGGGAGUCUCUGCGGUGAAAGCAUUUUACGAGUUGUUGAACCAAUCCUCCUUAAGUCUUCAACACCCUGAAGAGGGCAAACCUGUAACUCCAGCUGAACUCUGUCCCAUCUUAAAGAUGCUCUACAGAAUUCUUAUAACAAGGGAGUUCUCAUGUGAAGCAAUUCUUGAGGCGCUGAGAGAUGAGACGAUGAAUGACCCACGUGAACUCAUCGAGAUUGCUCACAGCCAUCUCUUCUUCCAGCCAUGGCUUCUUGGUCAGAAACCUUGAGCACUGUAUUUUUUAUAAGUUUCUCUGCUAAGCCUUGGUGCAAACUUGUUUGUAAUUUGAAGAUUAAUAUGUAGUUGCAGUGGAUGUUUUGGUGCAGACAGAGUUAUCAGAAAUACGCAGAGUAUAUAUAGUUGUAUACAAUUAUAGUAUAGUGAAAAAUUCGUCAUA